CCUCAUGUGUUGUACGUCGUGUCCGGUGGAGGUCACACACAUCUGAGAGGAUCUGAGGUUGCUGUCAUCAUGGCCAGGCUGUUUGAGAAUCUUGGAAAGUUGGGGCUGGCUCUUGCCAUCGGUGGAAGUGUUGUGAACUCUGCCCUUUACAACGUGGAUGCAGGGCACCGGGCUGUGAUUUUCGACAGGUUCAGAGGAGUGCAAGAGACUGUUGCCGGGGAAGGGACUCACUUCAUCAUCCCCUGGGUGCAGAAACCUAUCAUCUUCGAUUGCCGUUCCCGUCCACGCAACGUGCCUGUCAUCACCGGCAGUAAAGAUCUGCAGAAUGUAAACAUCACAUUGCGUAUCCUUUUCCGGCCGGUGACCACCCAGCUGCCCCGCAUCUUCACCAGUAUUGGUGAGGACUAUGACGAGAGGGUGCUACCAUCCAUCACCACAGAGGUCUUGAAGGCUGUAGUAGCUCGGUUUGAUGCUGGUGAGCUCAUUACCCAGAGAGAGCUGGUGUCGCAGCAGGUCAGCGAGGACCUUACAGAAAGAGCCUCCACCUUCGGCCUCAUCUUGGAUGAUGUUUCACUGACACACUUGACCUUUGGCAAGGAAUUCACAGAGGCUGUUGAGAUGAAGCAGGUGGCUCAGCAGGAGGCAGAGCGAGCCCGUUUUGUUGUUGAAAAGGCAGAGCAAACGAAGCAGGCUACCAUCAUCUCGGCAGAGGGAGACUCCCAAGCUGCCUUGCUCAUCGCCAAUUCCCUACAGGAAGCUGGUGAUGGUCUGGUAGAGCUACGUAAGUUGGAGGCAGCUGAGGAAAUCGCCUUCCAGCUCUCCCGCUCACGCAACGUCACUUACUUGCCCCCAGGACAGGGCACGCUGCUCCAGUUGCCCCAGUGAUGACAUCUUAUUGCAUAUCCACCCCACUCUUGCUGUCUCCCCUGGUUACACGGCCCAUGGAAGGGAUUGUUGGAGGAUUCACUGAAGGACUCUCCCGACUUCACACACAUUCCUCCCACUCUUUCUCUAACCACAUCUGGACUGGGUUUUGCUGAUAGUAGCAUGGUGGGAGACAAAGUGAGAGGACUGAUGGGAUGCAUUUAUGAAGUCCACCCAUGUGUAAGGAAGUGGAGAGGGGUUAAUUGCUCAAUCUGUGUUAACCCACAUAUAUUAUAUAUAAAGUACUUUGUUUUGAGAAGAAUUGACAAUGCAGUAAAUUCUCUAAAGAUUUGUCUUGCUCCAUUGUGUCGGAUUUACAGUAGUGGAUGUGUGGAAAGUAACAAUGAUCUUUACAUGAUGAGAAAAGAGUGUGAUUCCUUUAAAAGAUAAGCUGAUAAGUUAUGAAAGAUGAACGCUAUUACUCUGUUAUUGUGCUGCAACACUUGAUUGUUAAACCAUAGUUUAUUCAUUUGAAUUAAUUUCUGUCCUGACUUCCGAGGUGGAUAAAAAUUGACAUUUAUCUGCUUUCUAGCAAAUUCAAUCAUAUUGUCACCUGCUGACAAUUGGAAUGUGCCUGUCAGAAAGUAGAUGAUGAUCUUUCAUUCUUUAUUGAUGUGUCUGUGUCUUUGGUUAAUGUGGAGACAGUAAUACGACCAAUGUUUCACAAAUGGCUCAGCUUAAUAAAAUUUUGUUUCUA